GCAAAGAAAUAAACUCACCGGUCAGGCCUCCAUCACCGUCUUCAACGGCGAUCUUAUCAGUGGCUUCUUAUUCGUCGCCGGAAAGUGUUCUCUGAUGAAAAGCGGUGAGAAAUUUGCUGAGAGAUCACUUUUUACUGCUUUACGGGGGAAAUCAUGUCCGAUAUGCUUCGAAAACCUAACUGACCGACGAGCCGCCGCCGUAAUCACGGCGUGCAGUCACGGAUACUGCCUUAGUUGUAUUCGGAAGUGGAGCGGGUUCAAGAGGAAUUGCCCUCUCUGUAACACUAGUUUUGAUUCGUGGUUUAUCGUCAGUGAUCUUGCUUCUAGAAAAUACCAUAAGGAGUAUUUACCGAUUCAUCGUGAUCGUGAGACUUUAACUUAUCAUCGGAAUAAUCAUUACGGUCGCCGGAGGAUCAUUCCAAGAUCUACGCAUGUUUUGGAAAACUCUAGCUCGAGAUCUAGGCCAUUGCCAUGGAGGAGAUCAUUUGGACGGCCAGGUUCAGUUCCUGAUUCUGUUAUCUUCCAGCGAAAGCUUCAAUGGCGAUCGAGCAUAUACAAUAAGGGAUUACGAGCUGUUCCAUUACAUUCGAGGCGAAGCUUGGAACCAGUGAAUGAUCAGGCCAAAGCUAAGAUUAUUGAAAGAAUUGAGCCAUGGAUUAGAAGGGAGCUUCAGGUAGUCCUUGGAGAGCCUGAUCCAUUAAUCAUUGUUCAUUUUGCGUCAACUCUUUUCAUCAAAAGGCUUGAGAGAGAGGAUAAUCGACAACCUCGGCAGACUGAGAUGUUGGUGGAAGACGAAGUCUCUUUGCUUCAAAAAUUCUUGCUUGACAAGGCGGAUAUAUUUUGGCAUGAACUAAGAUGCUUCGCUGAGAGUAGUCUCACUAUGGAGGCUUAUGAUGCAGUGGUUGAAUACAAUGAGGUGGAGUAAUAGCAGUUAAAAUAACAGAUGACAGAGCACUAAGCUCUCGCCAAAUGAAGCAAACAGACAGACUUACGAUGCGACUGUUGGUGUCUUGGAAGUUCAUUAGUGGAAAGAGUGGACCAGGUAAGACAAAACCAAGAGUAAAAGAGUAGGUAGGAGGAAGAUGUUAUGAUGAUGCAAGUUUAGGUGUGGGGUUACUUUUGAGAUAGCUAUAGGUGGAUUCUCAUGUAGCUGACACUUAGUCUCUCUACUUCCACAAUGUACGUCUCUCCUAUGCCAAAUCCUCUCACCACCAACGCUAUUUCAACAACAUUAAAUAUUGUGUAUAAAUUUGACAAUCAAUUUUUUUA